GAAGGGAAACCACAGGAAAGAUGGAGAGAGACUCUUGACAAGGGCCUGGAGUGGCAGGAUGAGAGGGAAUGGCUUCACACUGACAGAGAAAAGGUUAAGAUUAGAAUUUAGAAACAAAUUCUUCCCUAUGAGGGCAGUUGGGACAUAAUGGUGAAUAGUUUGUCCAGAGAAGCUGUGGCUGCCCCAGCCCUGGCAGUGUCCAAGGCCAGGCUGGAUGGGGCUCUGAGCAGCCUGGGAUAGUGGAUGGUGUCCCUGACCAUGAGAGGGAGUUUGAACUGGAUGAUUUUAAGGUCUCUUCCAACCCAAACCAUUCUAAGAUUCUAUGCAUUGAAAAAGACACCAACUUCAUCUUUGCUCCUUUACUCACAACUUCCAAGCUCUUUCAGAUAGUACCAGACCCACAGCUAGGUUUUGCAUUUCUGUUGGGAGCUAUACUUCAGCCAUGUCUGUGAAUAUAUGUUUCCUUUCCUAAUUUUUCUCAAGCUCAAGACAUCCGAUAUAGGUUUAUGCUCUAUUAUUCCUCUACUGAAAUAAUGCCCACAAAACCUUGUGCCAGCAUAGCUCAAGGUCCUAAGCUUGUGUCUAUAAUUGUGGUGGGCAGAUGUGAUUUGUUUUGGUAGAAGGUCAUUAUUACUUCAUUACUUGGCUCCAUAAGGAAGCUCAGUAGCUGUUUAUCUUUAAAAAGGACUAUAAAAAGUACAGCAGUGAUCUGGCCUUAUGUCACCUUGAAGCCUACACCUAACAGUAUACCUGAGAGUAGAAUGUGACACAUAAAGGCAUGGCUUUCUCUAAGGGCUGUCAAGGCAUACUCUAUAGUGACUUUUUGUGGUGGCACUCUAAUGUCUGGAUCAGGCAUAUGAGCAGACUGAAAAUUUCUUUUUCUACAGCCUUUAUUUCCUUAUUGGACAACUAUAUGACAUCAACUGGUGUAGCAGAAGUAGUGGCUCCAGAAGAAAUAGUUGAAAACAAUUGUUUCCUUGAUGCUAUCUUAGCAAUGGAAGUCAUGAGACUAGCUCAUGAUUAUCUGCUGAAAAAAAACCUAGCAAGGCCAAACCAUCAGCUUUAUGACAUCUGGUUCCAGCUCUAUGCCAGGAAAGGAGGAGACAGACCUGAUUCUUGUGGUUUUGAACAUUAUGUUUCUGUUGGAGAAACAAGGCAUGGUAAAGAGAUCUUAGGUUUGCACAACUGGGUGCAAUUUUACCUUCAGGAAAAUUGCAAUCAGAUUGACUACAAGGGAUACGUAUCUUGGAAGAACAAAACCAGGCCUGAUAAAGAUGACCAAGUUUUGACCAUCCAGUUCAGCUGGAAGGGUUCAGUCAAGCCAGUUGGAAGCACCUUUAUUGGUGUCAGCCUGGAGUUUGAAUUUGCCCUUUACACAGUCAUUUUCCUGCUGUCUGAGAAAGUCACACACGAAACAGUGAAGAUAGAUGAGUACGAGCUACAGAUGGUUGUCUCGUGCCACGGGCACCACAUUUGAACAGCAUAUCCAGUACUGCUCAGUUGUUCCACAUAUUGGAACAGCAUAUCCAGUACUUCUCAGCAUCACUAGUGAAGAUUAGUGGAGUGAGCAGGAAACUUUAUUUUUUAAAUGAAGGGAAAGGAGGAGUGGUGGAGAGAGGAGGAAUGGGUGGGGGGUGGACAGGACCAGACAGCAAAGUUAAUAUGUUGUUUUAUACAACUAAUUUCAAGUAAAAAUUGAUGACUCCGUCUCUUGGUCUGCAAUGGAUUGUUUAAUAAGUAAUGUGCUGUGACACUGAGAAACUGUUAAACAUACUCCUGCUCACAUUAAACAUACGUCUAAAUUACAUCAGUCUUCCCUUCAGCAUGAUAGCGCUAUACUUUUCAGCAAAUAAUGGCAUUUAGGAAAAGGUUCUAUUAAAAUUGAUAUACAUAUUUCUCUUAUUUUUUAGUCACUGCAUAUCUAAAACAGCAAUAACCACACUUUGCUUACACUUUACCUUCCAGACAGAAACUUUGAUUUGGCACAGGCAGAACUCCAGGAUGUUUUAGUCUCCCCUUCUCAUUCCAUAAGAGGUUAAUUUCAAAUGCAUUAUUACAAUACAAUGACUUGGACACACAGGGAACACAUUUAGGUAGGGUGAUGGUCAUCAGAUCCACAGCAGGCCUUAAAAUAUUUUCUGUUUCUUUAACAAAAUUUUCAUAUACUCCCUAUGUAUUCCUGAAACACCUGGAUGACAGCUUCAUGCUAUGGGUACUAAGAGGGCUGGCUUGGAAAGAUUCCCUCCCUCCUUGAUUUGUUGCUUGUCAACAGAGAGGAUCUUGUGAUCCUCUUGAGUAGAGAUUGGUGGCUGUCUUGGCCACAGUGACUAUGAAGCCAUUGAGUUUAAAAUCUCUGGUGACAGAAGGAGAAGUGCCAACAAAACUUCAGCCAUGGACACGGGAAGAAGUGACUUCUGGCUGCUCAGGGAACCAAGUAAAGUCCCCUGUUGUAGUGGUUUUGGUUCAUCAAUUUGAGAUUUUUGAAAUCUUGAAUUUGAGAUUUUGAGAAAAAAAAUUUGAGGGUUUUUUUUCUCAAAAUUUGAGAUUUUGAGAAUUUAUUUGAGAACGAACACAGCUGGGAAAAUGCUUUUGAAGGUCCUGGGGUCCAUCAGUGCUGUGGUCACAUUUUUAGCACCAGCUCCUGAGGGCACAGGAACAGCUAAUUCCUAAAAAUUGGAAAUCAAGCCGAUGAGGUAGAAGGCCACUUUGGCUGAACAGGAAUCUUCUUUUGGAGAUAAGGUAAAAAAGGAAGGGGUAUGCCCAGUGGAGGCAAGGUCAGGUGAUGUGGAAGGAAUAUGGAGAUGCUGCUUACUGCUGUUGGGGGAGAACUUGUUUGACCAAAGCUCCACUGCAGCUGAAGCCACCAGAAAUGUGGGGAAGAAUAAAAAGAGGGUUUAAAUAUACAUUAAUGGCAAAAGGCAAUGCUGAAAUGACAUCAGCCCAUUACAGGAUGAGGAUGGUCUCCUCACAAACAGCACCACAGACAAGGUAGAGAUGUUUAAUGCUUUCUUUGCCUCUGUCUUCAACACGCAUGAUCGACUAAGGAGGUCCCAGCAGCCUCAGCUCGAGGACUGUGACUAUGAGAAUGAUAAACGCUGAGUUAACCCUGAAGGUGUGAGGAAUCUGCUGCUCCAGAUGGAUCCCUGUAGGUCUAUGGGGUAUGAUGGCAUUAAUGUGAGAAUACAUAAAGAGCUGGCUGAUAUCAUCAUGAGGCAUCUCUUGAUAAUUUUUGAACAGUCUUGAGAAUCUGGAGAGGUCCCAGUUUUCAAAGAGGGCAAGAAGGAUGACCCUGGAAGCUACAGGCCUGUCAGUCUAACUCCAGUGCCUGGUAAAAUUAAGGAGAUGAUUAUUCUGGGAGGUAGUGAAAAACACCUGAAGGACACCACCGUCAUUGGUCACAGCCAGCACAUCUCCAUGAGAGGAAAGUCCUGCUUUUCAAAACUAAUUUCCUUUUAUGCUAAGAUAACCCAUCUGACGUGGCAUCCAAAUCGCAGAAGGAGUGGUGGCACCGGUUGCCCGUGCGCUCUGAUGCCCCUUCGCUUUCGGCAUGUGCACCAGGAGGGACCACAUCCCAACUCAGCCGCUGGCAGGCAGGAUUGAGGUUCGGCCACUGGCUGGGAUCCCGGACCGCCAUGAGCGGCCGAUAAACCUGAACCCAUGUCUAAGAAUCGAGGCAAAGGAAGAAGGAAGGGCUCUUGGCUUGUUUCUCCAAGCUGUCUUUAUUCUUUCGUGCAGUGGGAGCAGUGCCGGGGCUGCAGUGCCGUGCAGGAGCCGGUGAGACGUGGGAGUGCUGUGGCUCGAAGGGGGACAUUGGCAAAAGAAAGCAAAACACAGAAAAACAGCGGCUUUUAUGGGGGGAGGUGGAAUCCCAGGAGGAGACCAUCUGGCUAGUUAGGAGGGGUCUGGGGUAACAGAUGUAAACAUAACUUGGAGUGGGAAAGUCACAUACCAAUGGCAGAAAGGAAAAGUCAUAACUGACAGCAAAUUCUCUGGAUAAAGGGGUGUAACAAAUCAUGACAGACAAUCCACAGGGGUAGGAUUUUUGAGGAUAGACGGGAAAAUCUGGAAUUAUCGUAACUGCCAUGGUGAGACGGGGGUAAACAACUUUAUACAGAGACUAAACAUAUUCUCCAAACCCCCACUGCUAUAGGCAGGGAGAGACCAAAUAUCUUCAAACUCCCACUGCCACAUCCACCCAGUUAAUUAAAAAAACAUCAGUAGAUGUAAUCAUUUUGGAUUUCAGUAAAGCUUUGGAUAUAAUCUCAGUGUGCAGCCCACAGCUGGAUAAACACAUUGUGUGAUGGCUGAGCAACUUGCUCACAGGUCAAGCACAAAGAAUGACAGUGCCUGGGUGACAGCAGACUGGCAGCCUGUCACUUGUGGGGUUCCACAGGGCACCGUCUUAGGCCCCAUUGUCUUAAAAAUCCUCAUAAAAAGCUUGAAUGCAGGACAGCAAGGGAUACCAAGUAAGCUUGCAGAUGAUAAAAACUGGGAGGAGCUGUUGACUCCCUCAAGGGUGAAGAGGCCCUCCAGAGAGUCCUGGACAAAUGACAGGGCUGGGCAAUCACCAAUGAUGUGAAGUUAACAAAGGCAAGGGCUGGAUUCUGCACCUGGGAUGGAACAGCCCUGGAUGUACAGACAGACUGGGAAUGAGAGACUGGAGAGCAGUGUUGUGGAAAGGGACCUGGGGGUUAAUGGCCAGUUGGACAUGGGCCAGCAGUGCCCUGGCAGCCAGAAGGGACAGUCCUGUCCCUGGGGCACCCAGCAUCACUGGCCAGGCCAGGGAGUGGAUUGUCCCACUCUGCUCUGGGCUGGGCAGCCUAACCUUGAAUAUUGUGUGUGGGUUUGGGUGUCACAUUAUAAGAAAGAUAUAAAGCUGUUUGAGAGUUUCCAAAGUAGGGUUUUGAAGAUGGUGAAGGACCUGGAGGGGAAGCCACACAAGGAGCAGCUGAGGGCACUUGGUGUGUACAGCUGGAGAAGAGCAGACUGAGGUCAGAGCUCACAGCAGUUCUGCAGCUUCCUCACGAGAGGAAGGCCGUGAUCUCUGCUCUGUGGUGACC